ACGCGAGCAGAAACUGAGUUGGAACAGCAGGAAUAUCAACGUGAUAGACGGAACGGAUGAAUUGAACUACGCGCGAUUUUUUAAAGCUUCUUUAUGUAUCUUUGAAGAAGAAGUUAUGUUUCAUUUGCCAAUGAUAUUGCAUAGCCUGAGUUGAGUUAUAAGUAUUGAUAUGGAAAAACAUUUUGCAUCAUUAAAAUUAUCACAAUCGGACCCUAAUUUGAAAGCAAUGGAUAUUACUUAUUCGCUAACACCAUCUUCUCAACGAGUCUCCAUAAAACAGAUAUAUCUAUCUGAAACACAGCCAAAGUUGGUUAGACAAUCCAGUUACGACCCCUUUUCUGAUGAAGACGUAACUGCAAGUCUAGUGGAAACGUCGGAAAUUGAGCAAACCGACAAUAAAACUUUUAACGAGUAUCAGAUGAUAACAGAUCCUCAUUUCGACUCGUUUACAUCUCUUAAUAGACAAUUCUCCAAAAAUAGCAAUAUAUUACAACCACCAAAAUUUAUACCAAACAAACCAUUAAAUGAGAUACUAUCCAAUAAAGUUGAAAAUGUAAAUCCUACAAAUGAAUCCAGAUUUUCAUUGCAUUGUCCGACAGGAAAUGUAAAUACAAUAAAUCAAGAAGAUCAUUUUCCUUCUGUACAGCUGAGAAAUUGUGAGAAAACAACUGCUGAAAUUAAACCAAACAGUGAUACAAAAAUUGUAAAUGAAAAGACAUAUCAAGACAUAAAAAAUAAAUUUAGACCACUGGUAUUAAAAAAUAAAAAUUCUCCAAAAAAGAAGAGGAAUAUGUUGUACUGUAGUUUCAUUUUGGCCAUGUUACUAACAACUCCAUUAAUGAUUGCAUUGUUUUUAGAUUCGGAUAUACCUAAAUUUUGUAAUCGUGAAAUGUUUUUCUCAAAUGCUACUCAAGAAUUACAGCAAAAGAUAUAUGGACAAAGAAAUGCAAUGUCACAAAUUACAACUUUUUUAAAUCAGGAUACUUUCUGUUUAAAAGUUUUAUGUCUUAUAGGUGGAACAGGUGUUGGGAAAUCUUAUACGGCUCAAAUCAUAGCACAACAUUUUCCUUGGAAUGAGAAAAUUUUUAUAUAUGAUAUGUCGUUGAACUAUCAUAUUGACGCAUACUUGUCAAAUUCACUUGAUUCGUAUGAAUUAAUUAUACUGGAAAAUUUAAAAAUGCAAAAUUUAGAUAUUUUUUCUAAUAUAAUAGACACAUUAAAUCAAACAGAAUGUGUCACUGUAAUAGCCAUUUUCAACAUAGAAGAAGUGAACAAUAAUCUAGAACGAAAAAUAGAUUUUAGACAAGCCAUGAAAGAUCUUCGCGACGAACUGUUCUGUAGAAAGAUUGAUAAUUUAAUUGUUCCUUAUGAGCCUUUAAACGAAGAAGUAUUACAAAUGUGCAUAGUUGAGGCAGCAACAACCAGUGGUUUGACACUUACAUUGGAUCAAGUAAAUGAAAUCAAACAAUAUUUAUUACUUUUUGGCAGUGGCUGCAAAGGGGCAUAUGCUAAGGUACAAGUUGUUGGUAGACACUAAAUUUAAUGUAAUAAUUCAUUUAUCUUUACAUAUAUGUUCCUUUUUCUUUAAAAUAUAGAAAAUUUUCAAGACUAAAAUAAUAAAGUUAA